UACACACAUGCUCCAGAGUGUUACCAAAGUACGAAUCUAUUUUUUUUAGUAUAUUUGAAAAUUCGCUUUGCGGUCACACACGCUUAAUUGUUUGGCAAACUGGCGGGCCACACCAUAACAAUAAUAAUAAUAAACAAAACGUUAAAAUUAUUAAAAUGUCACAUCCGAAUACAACGCGACGCAAGCAUGUGCUCAAGGAGAUGAUGGAGGACGACUACUCGCUGCCCACCGAGCAGCAGCAAAUUGUGCGAGUCAUCAGCAGUCGCGGCAACAAUUUACACGAGGUCGAGGCGCCUUCACCGGACGCCGAAAACUUUCUGGUUUCCAUGCCCAACAAGUUUCGCAAGAAUGUGUGGGUCAAGCGCGGCGAUUGCCUUCUCGUGGAACCCAUCGAGGAGGGCGACAAAGUCAAGGCAGAGAUCUGCAAGAUUCUCACUCCCGAGCACAUCAAAGAGUACACAAAAGCGGGCAUUUGGCCAGAGCGAUUUGCCAAGAAAUCAGCCGGAUUACCCGUAAGCAAUGCUUCAGAUAGCGAUUCAGAUGACUCCUUGCCGCCCAACACAAAUCGUCCUGCCCACCAACAAGAAGACGAAGAAACGGAGUCGGAUUCGGACUCCGAAGACACCAGCGAUUGAAGACUUGCAGUGCAACAUUUUGGUUUUUUGUGCAUUACAAAAGUUUAGCUAUGUAUAUUUUUUUUAACCGCAAACUGUUGUUUUUUCCUCUCAAAUUGUUGUAACAAAAAGAAUUGGUGUCUUUACUACAUACAUAAUAAUAAUUAAAAUAUAGAACCAAAAAAUACAACU